CACAUUAUUGGCAACAAGAUCCAGAUUUCUUCACAUGGCAAUUGGUUUUGCCAAUGAUCCUUGAACUUGUGGGCACCUUAACUUGCUUAGAGCUAGGAUAACGUCGUUGUUCUCCAUGCAAGAGUUAAAUGUGUUCAAGAAGGAGUGCGGUAGACUGUGGUUUCGAAAAUUAACACCCGGCGAAGAUGGAUUACUACUUUCCAUCUCACAAUCAAUGUCGAGCGCCCUGGCCUCGAUCAAGCACUGUGUUAGGUUCACGCAGCUUGCAUUCAGUGGUGCAGGAGAUUCCUUUGUAGCUGGUGACCAGCAGGGAAACAUCUUCCUCUUUCUACCUCAGCAGAAACACAUUUACUUUAUUGGUAAAGACUGGCACCCCUUGCACAGCUCUAGCAUUCAAUUUGUGCAGAAAAAAUGAGGUUUUAGUUGCAUCCGGAGAUUGUUCUCUAAGAUGUUAUGAUACAGAAAGGAAGGAAUUGGUGAGCUUGAUGAAGGAUCAUGAGUCUUCAAUAUCUUCCAUAUCAAUCCAUGCGUCCGGACGGCAUGCUCUAACAACUGCCAACGAGAUUGCUCAAAUCUGGGAUCUUGAUACAUUCACAAAGAAGAAGACUUUAAAUGGUGCACAGACUGUUGGAAUCCAGCAGGUGUUUUUCCUUCCUUUGAGUAACACAAUGAUUUCGAGCUUCAAAGAUGACAGCAUUUUUGCAUGGGAUUUUGAGAGCUUGGUAUGCAAAUAUCAGUUGCCAAUACCAGAAGGGCAACCGCCACAUUAUCGUGCCUUUGCCACACCCAAAGAUGGAAGACUGCUUGCUGCUGGAGGAAGAUCUCAUUUUCUUCACAUCUGGACUUUGGAGUCGAAGAAAUUAUUACGAAUAAUUGAUUUACCAACUAAAGUGCGGUUGGUGAAACAACUGAAUUUCAUUGCAGACAGUUUUGAUGGUGGCUCAAGUCAAACGCUUGGCAUUCUCUCCCAAGAUGGCAUUAUCCGGUUUGUCAACAUUCAUACUUGCAAACUGGUGUUCGAAGUUGGAUCCCAUGAAAAGCGCAUCAGUUCCUUCAAUCUAAGUCCAAACGGUUCGGACAUGGCGUGUAUUAUGGACAGCGGUUCUAUAAAUAUUUACAGCAUACCGGCUCUGACAAGCCAUUUGAAACAGGCACCAGCUCCGGUGUUUAAAACACUGGUCGAUGAUCGCUUGCGCAAGAAGACUGGUGGCGACUCCACGGUCGAAUCGACCUCCAUGGAGGAUCCCAGGAAGAGAGUGGAAACGAGUUCAUUCUCGAAACGAAGGACUGUCGUGAAGCCAUCCUGGUUGAAGCCUUCCGAGACAACAACGGAAGAUGAACAGAGCACGGUCAGUGAUGGUCUCAGUCACAGCCGACUGAAGGCUAUCCUUAAAGGUUAUGGGGAAUAUCCUGCAAAAUAUAGAAUGUUCAUAUGGCGAAGUCUUCUUGAACUCCCAGAGAAUCAUGCUGCAUUCUGUAGUCUGGUUGACAAAGGAACUCAUUCAGCGUUUGUGAGACUGCACGAAAACUAUCCCAUCAAGAGCAGAAAGCUGUUGCGAAUCUUGCAAAGGAUUUUGUCCGCCCUGGCUCACUGGUCAGCGGUAUUCGGCGAGACAGAAUACCUUCCACUUCUCGUGUUUCCUUUUGUGAAGUUGUUCCAGAACAACCAGUUGAUAUGUUUCGAAGUAGUCGCAACAGUUCUAGUCAACUGGUGUCAAAAUUGGUUCGAGUUCUUUCCAAAUCCGCCAAUCAACUUAUUGGGCAUGGUCGAAAAUCUUCUUGUUUAUCAUGACAAAAACCUCUUACACCAUCUCGUUCAGGCCGACAUCAAAUCUCAGAUAUAUUGUUGGCCGAUUAUCGAAACAUUAUUUUCUGAAGUUCUCACGAAGGAGGAAUGGCUGCGAAUAUGGGAUCAUAUCUUCAGCAAUCAUCCAUCGUUUCUGUUGUUCCUCGUCACUUCGUAUCUCAUAUGCUCGAGAAAGGUUCUCUUGCAAUGUACUGCUAAGGAAGACUUUGAGUACUUUGUUCAUCACCGCAACGCCUGCGAUAUCUCAGCAGUCAUUCAAGAAGCUUACCAUCUUCAAAACACCUCCCCAUCUGACAUUGAUCCUGGGAAAAUGUUGGAAGACUUCAAACCGCUUACCAAAGGACAGUAUCCGGUCUUCAAUAAAUAUCCCAAGUUUAUCGUUGAUUAUCAGGUUCAAGAAAGGGAGCGAAUACGACAAGAGGAAUUGGAAUAUCUUCAACAAAGGCAACUGGCUGUAGAAUUAAAAAAACAAGCGGAACAGAGGAAAGAAUCAGAAGAGGCAUUUUAUCGCAAGCAGGAGUUGAUGAUGGAGGCUGAGAAACAAAGACGCGAUCUUAUCUUACUGGAGGAACAAAAACUAGCUGAUCAGAGAGUCAGGUUACAAGCAAUGAAACGCGAAGUUCACACGCGAGAGCUGCAGUUGAUGGACGCUGUGAGACGGAAAUACAUGGAAAAUCAGAGCAAGAUCAAGGAGGUUGAACUAAAGAGGAUGGAUGAUGAAAUACAACGCAAGGCAAUGCAACGAGAGCAGGAAACCCAAGCAGCUCUGGAUGACAUUGAAAUAAAGAAUUUGGAACUGCAAGCCCAGAAAGAGGCGCUUCAACACGAGUUGGCAAAGAAGGACGUGAAAGCAACCUUUGAGUUGAGAGCCGGUUUUGAAUCACACCAACGUCAGAAAGAGCUUGAGGACGAGCUAUUUCGUCGUGCAACAGAAAUGAGAGAGGAAACAGAUUUGAAUAACAAUAUGGUGAAACACGCCCGCUUGGGAAAUUCGCAACAGAGAAACCUGGAUUUGGAAACGCAAACUGAUCUGGAGCUUCGUAAAAGACUGGACGACAUGGAAACGGAGUUGCAACAAACACAGUUGACCAAACGUAUUCUUGAAAACAAAAGUAGAGAAGGGGAAAUAGCGAAAUUGAUUGAAGACUCAAAGGAGAAAGAGGAUGGUAUACGUCGUAGCAAGGCUGCCGAACUGGGCAGACAGCAAUACCUUGCGAGGAUGGACGAGGAACGCCGAUUAAGACAUCUUAAUACGCAGUCUGAUUAUAGUACACCGUCUAGGGACACGGGGGAAGUGUCAGGUCCCUCGUUAGAAAGACAGAGAGCAACGUUUGAAAAGAGAGAGAUUGAACUCAUGGCUGAUGUCAGAGAACUGCGUCGAAAGUUAGCUGAAAGGCUGACAAAACCAUCCAGACUUUCAUAUGAGGACACCGAGACUUCAUCUUCACUGCAAAAUGCGGAUGUAGACUAACAUACCUGCACAUUGUUUCAGCUGUUUCAAAGAGCUGUUUUGCCUUCUUGGUCAACUUGCAUUGGUGCGGCCUGCACGGCUUCAUAACUGGCCAGUUGUGACAAGAGAAUUGAGAUCUUGGGGCGUUUAAGCAUGUCAGCCUGCAGAUGGAGUUAUGAUGUAUUAGACUGAGUUUUAGUUCCAGAGAUCAGCAAUUGACAAAGAUUUUGCAUAUAGAAGUUUGCAUAUCGUAGUUGUCUAUAUAAUAUCUCUUUACAUAUAACAUGUAGUAUAUUUUCGGGACAAAUUUUUUUAUAUGUGAACAGUAACUGAUAAAUCA